CCUAUCUCUCAGCUUUGGGGACAGCGACACACCCUCGAAAAUAUAGCUUGCUGACUCUGUGCAGCCAAAUUUUAAUAUGCUUUGAAAAUUAUAUCUCUUUAUCCUCCCUCUCUAUAUAAGCUGCUGUAACUGGCACUUGACUCUUCGAUCAACACUCACUGCCUACACUCUUGGCUUCUUCUACACAACAAUGGCUUCCAAAUCUGCCAUUCUUCUGCUGGCCCUUUUCCUUGUGGUCGCAGCAGAGGUUCAUUCACAUGAUGGCGAAGUUAAGAUAAAGAUGAACUACGUGAAAUCCCCCCUGUCACCACCACCAAAUGCCCCACCUGUGGUGGCGCAUGCCCCUCCGCCACCAGUGAAGCCAGUAACUCCUCCUCCUCCAGUCGUAAAGACCCCAUAUCCAAGUCCUCCGGCGCCGGAUAAGGCCCCAGUUCCACCAUCACCGGUAAAACCACCGGUCGCACCAGCUCCACCUGCAGCUCCGAUAGUCAAAUCAAACAAGGACUGCGUGCCGCUUUGUGAGUAUAGAUGCCAACUGCACUCGAGGAAAAGAGUUUGUAUGAGAGCAUGCACGACAUGCUGUGAACGCUGCAAAUGUGUCCCACCUGGUACUUUCGGCAACCGUGAAGUCUGUGGCAAGUGUUACACUGAUAUGCUCACCCACGGCGACAGACCCAAGUGCCCUUAGUUUUAUUUUACAUUCCAUAAUUUCCUGAGCUCUUCCCUUUUCAACUAUAUGCUAUGUUGUACCUCAUUAUUAAUGAUUUUUCCAGUGUUUUUCUUCGCCUUCAAUAACUCAGACUGAGA